CCGACCUUCGAGGUUGAGCAUCCAGAUCGUGGAGAAUGGCGGCAUGGCGGGUCGCGCGGACGAAUGACUCAUCGGGGGUGGCAAGUGCGCUCCGUCCUAGCACAGGAUAUCGAGAAGACAUGAUCCGUCGUGGAGCGGCUCCUCGGGAUUUUGUCGCGGAGAACCGGAAGCUCGUUAAGCUGAAGCAGAGAGAAUUGCAGAAGAGAAAGGAUGACGAGGCAGAGCGUGCCCGAGCACAGCGCGAGCGGGACAAUUUCAAGCUCAAGAAGUUCACCAAACCCCGUGAAGGAGGCUCAUCGUUCGCUUCGUCGUCAGUGGGGGACAUGUCUUCGGAUGCCCACAGCGUGAAUAGCAGGUCGUCUCAAUGUAGUUCUCGCUCUUCCGUGGGGACACGCCUGACAAAAUCCCGCGUGCCAACCCUGGCUGAGCUCAAGAAACGCGAGGAGGAACUGAAAGAGAUAUCGUCACAUCUUCGCAACAAGAACGUCGACUACAUCAGCACAAAUGCUUGGCACGUCAUCCAACAGACGCCCAAGCGAUACAACCCGUCGCCCGCCGAAUUGCGCGAUGCCGAAGCAAGGAGGCAUCGCAACUUUGGAGAAGUUCCAGGAUACAUUCGUGCUCGGAAAGCAGCGUGGGCAAAGGAAGAAGACGAUCGCCGCGCCAACCUCCCCGACCCCGACUGUCCUCCAGGCAUGGUGCUCAUGUCUGAGGACGACCGAGUCGCCACCCUUGCCACGCUUCGCGAAAACCUCGACCAGACGCGGCGCCAGCUCCAAGCGCUUCCACUUCGUAUCGAAACACUGAGCCAGAUUCGCCGCAAGACCGCCAUCGACGCCAAGUUGCAAGAAAUCGAAGCCGCCAUCGUCGUAUUUGACAAACCCAAGGUAUUCAUGCUGCCGCCAACCGCGUCGACUGCCUAAGCCGCCUAAUCCUGGCAACGUCCUGUCGACCUCGUUUCCUUGGCCUGUUUCCAGUGCAACAAAUGCCAUUGUGUGCGCAAGCAACAAGGAUGCUGCGGCAGCAUUCUCGUCCUUGUCACAAGGCGUGCGAUGCCAAUACGUGGGCCACAUGCCGACAGACAGAGCUGGCGAUCUGUUCUGAGUGGACCGCCUAGCUUAUCUAACCAGCCUCUUGGGGAAGGCUUGCGCCAUUCCGCGCAUGGCAACUUGCGUCGAUCGUGGCUUUCUCGCAGGUGUUGCACUUCACGCAAGGCACAACCGCAUCGUAAAAUUAUUUCAG